UUUCGUUAUACACAACAUCAGCAACCAACGCGACUGGACUGUACCCGCUUGCGUAGUCUACGAUGGGUGAGGGUUCCUCCCCGAGGGGAGUUAGAAGACGGGAGCCAAGAAGACCAUCAUCGGUUUGGUCGCAGGCAGGAUUUGUCGUGUCUGCGGGUUGCCUUCUCGGAGCGGUCAUGUCGGUAGUAUACUACCGAGCGCUAGGCCCGCCGCAGUUGUGGCUCAACAGCACCGCUGGGCGUCGUGAAGGUGGGGGGUGGUGGUAUCGGGACGUUUAUUCGGGAAGGAGCACAGACAGACGUCUCGUAAGAAGUCAAGGAUCGCUGGGAGGCUUUGGCAGCGGCGGAGAAACAGGGGGUCUUGAUCUCGCAGUGGGUGGGGGGGGGCUAGGGGUCAGGGUCGGGGGGGACAACAACAACAACAACAACAACGGUCCGAUCUUGGGCCGCUCUGACGACUGGCCGGUGGCAUGGCCGGGGGACACGCGGCCGUACUUCGAUUACCUCUUGGUGGUGUUCUCUGGGGACGAUACCGACGCCUUGGCAAAACGGGAUUACAUGCGAGAGAUGUACGGCACGUACGGAGGACAGAUUUUGAUAACAGACGAGCGGGGGCAGGCGUUUAUCUACACGUUCAAGGUGCUGUAUGUGGUGGGACACCCGGGGGCGGUGGACAUGGGAGAUCUCAUGGACGAUGUUUUGUUCGUCAAGGUGGAAAAGGGUUACCGAAACAUCGCUGCCAAGACAAAGAAGAUGCUGGAGGCAGUGAAGCACGUCCGAUUCAAGUACCUCCUGAAGACAGACGACGACACGUUCGUGUGCCUGCGGCGGACGGCUUCUCAGAUGCACCUCGUACCAGCACACAUCAAGCCAAAGGUCUACGGAGGUAUUCCGACUGCCUGCCACCUGCCGAACAACCCCAAUGACGCGGUGGGCAAGGUCAUCGUCGACAUGGACGACAAGUGGUACGAUGGGAAGUACCUCAACCACACCAUGAACGGCCUCGACUGCUACCCCGUCUACAUGCAGGGGGCGUUCUACAUCCUCAGCUAUCCGCUCGUGGAGUUCCUCAACCAGGGGAGCUCCAAGCUGCUAACCUUCGACAACGAGGACGUGACGAUCGGGCUGUGGCUGCACGGCGUGGACAGGGCGAUAUUUCCCCUCAACGAUCUGCGGGACGCGAGGGUGUGGGAGUGCUCCUGCAAGCGGCCGAACUUCAACCCGGGAGGCGACGCGAACGUGUUUUUCCACAACUGCAAGAGCAUGGACGACCUGCGAGGUUGCAAGGCAUCGAUGCCAAUGUGCUGAGCAAGCAAACCGGGCUGGCAGCUGGCUGUGGUGUUUUACCCUAUCUUUUGUUCGGGCGGACAACGCCGGGAGAAGAUGCCGCAAGAGGUUGUUGACACGAGGGGGAGGGGGGGGGUGCUUCCCGCCUGGGCUGGCUGCAAGUUGUCGGUGUUGUCCGGGUGUUGUUGUUAAGUGUAGUGUAAUGAUAACGUGAUGGUUUGUAUCGGUGUUUUAUCGAAAUGCUAGUAUUGUGCUGUCCAAAGCUAAACGGAAGAGGAGCGUCUAGGCCGUGCGUGUUCGUGUGCUUUUGUUUUGUGUUGUGUUGAAAUGUUUUUGUUUUUGCGUGCGCUUACUUUGGUCGGUAGUCAUCCCGUUUGAUUCCUGGGAUUCUUCUGCGUUAGCCUCGCGCUUCAUUCCUGUGGCCCAGCGUGAAGCGAUUGACAAGUUGAAUUCCCUUUUCAAUGUUCAACACAUUGGUGUCGUUGCUUCUCGCCCUGGUGCACCUACAGCACGAGACACGAAGAAAAUCUACAGGUUACCGAGAGUGCUUUACGCCCCGCGGUUCGGCACGUUCCAUGACGUCCUCCGAGGAUGGUUGCGCCAACACGUUAGGAUGUUUGGCUCCUCCCCUAUCCUUCGGUCUCCAGAAAUCAACGAUUUUUUUUUUUAAUAAGUAUAUUCAACGUUUGUGUUUCGACUCGUUUUGCCCUGUCUCCCCCGGCGUCCGGAUUGUCAGAUUCCACCUCUUCACUCGUGUGUCGUCGAGGCGGGGCGGGGGGGGGGGGAGAGGAGGAUGUUGGAUACUUUCUCGAGCUGUUCCCACGACGCGAGAGACGAGGCUGCAGCUUUUUACUCCACUUUUUUUGCGCUCUUUACAGGGAUGAGGAUUGACUGCGCGGAAGGGGGUCGGAUUUUGGUUUGGUAGUGUGUUUCUUCGUGCGUACACCGGAUUUCGGGGGGGUUCAAAAGUGGGUGUUGUCUGGUGGUGGUCAGGAUUGGCCUGUGAACAUGGCAACAUCACUCCUGGAUAGAUGACACUAUAAUAGUCGACGUAUCUCGACGGGACCGAAGUGUGGUGAGCGAGAACACAGCCGAGGCAACCGGCCGCUGCUUGCGCCACUCGCGGUGAACGGCAGGCGGGUGUGCGGACAUCGAAAUCAACCAAGAGUUUUGGACAUACCUUUUUCUCGUCAACAUGAGAGCAA